GGCCUCCCAGUUCACACUCGACACUUCACUCUCUCUCUCUCUCUCUCUCUGUGACAACCAUGCCCAACCACCACCACCUCCUCCACACUCCUCUCCGCCCAUCCUCCUCCUCUUCUUCCUCUAACCAAUCCUUCACCUCGAAGCUUAUCCUCCUCCUCACUCUCCUCCCUCUUUCUCUUGCCGCCUUGGCCUUUGUUCUCCAAUGGAAAGGUGAUCGAGGUCUCGCCGAUCCCACCACCGUUACUGCUCGAUGGGCUCCUCAAGGUUCCCACAACCACGAUAUCUUCCCGGGCAUGGAAUCCUCUGCUUCAAUUUUUUCUCCUAAACCUACCCACCCAUCUGAUUGCUUCUCUCUUGCCCGUAGUGGAUCCCCAUCUUUCCCCUACUUUCGUGAUUGGAAGUUUGAUUUCGAGGCCAAUUUGAGGCCUAAGAUAUGCAUUACAACAAGUACAUCUGCAGGCUUAGAUCAGAUUCUUCCAUGGAUGUUUUAUCAUAAGGUUAUCGGGGUGACAACCUUUUUCCUUUUUGUGGAAGGAAAGGCAGCAUCACCUAGUGUAUCUAAAGUUCUUGAAUCUAUUCCUGGAGUAAAAGUGAUAUUUAGAACAAGAGAGCUAGAGGAGCAACAGGCUAAAAGCCGGAUCUGGAAUGAGACAUGGCUGUCAAGUUUCUUUUACAAGCCGUGCAAUUAUGAGCUGUUUGUGAAACAAUCUCUCAAUAUGGAAAUGGCUAUUGUCAUGGCAAGGGAUGCAGGCAUGGACUGGAUACUUCAUCUUGACACGGAUGAACUGAUACAUCCUGCUGGUUCUAGUGAAUAUUCUUUGAUACAAUUACUGCUGGAUGUUCCUGGGAAUGUAGAUAUGGUUAUUUUUCCAAAUUAUGAGAGUAGUGUUGAAAGAGAUGAUGUUAAGGAUCCCUUUAGCGAGGUUUCAAUGUUCAAAAAGAAUUAUGAUCAUCUCCCAAAGGAUACAUACUUUGGCAUGUAUAAGGAAUCAACUCGUGGUAAUCCCAACUACUUCUUAACUUAUGGAAAUGGGAAAUCAGUAGCUCGAAUUCAAGAUCAUCUCCGUCCUAAUGGUGCACACCGAUGGCACAACUACAUGAAAACUCCCAAUGAGGUGAAAUUGGAAGAGGCUGCAGUUCUACAUUACACUUAUGCCAAAUUCUCAGACUUGACUUCCAGACGUGAUCGGUGCGGCUGCAAGCCUACAAAGGAGGAUGUCAAAAGAUGCUUUAUGUUGGAAUUUGAUAGAGCUGCAUUCAUAAUAGCAUCAACAGCUACAGAGGAGGAAAUGCUAAACUGGUACCGUGAACACAUUGUGUGGGGUGAUAAAGACCUAAAAUUGAAACUCUUGAGAAAGGGCAUUUUAACUCGCAUAUAUUCUCCCAUGGCCAUGAUACAAGCUUUAAGGGAGUCUGGGGUAUUCAGUUCUAUUAUUGCGUCUGCUCAAACAACUAUUUCAAAAGACAAGUUUUUAGCAUCAAUUGAUAAAAGCAACUCAUCCAGAGCUGUUGCCUCUGAAUCGCUACCAUCAAGAAAGAUUGGAAGAAACAGAGAGCAUCAGGCAGCUGCUAGGAAGAUUUUGGGUUUAGAAGUUACAUCUCAUGAAGCAGCUGUUCCGCCAUUGUCUCCUCCAGGAGCGAAUGAUGACUCCCUUGUGGAAGUGUGAUCCAAUUUUGGCAUGAUUGCUUCUUCUUCUCAUUCCUGUUCAAAUAGGUGUGACCAUUCUGGUCUAAUUUGCUUGAAGGGAAGAAUCAGGAGAGAAAAGGAAAAGCAAGCAGGCCUUUAGUUGCAUUAUUAGUUCGGUUCAGUUGGUUCUUCCCGAUCAUGAUCCAAGCGCUUGUGUACGUUCUUUAGGAGAGAGAUUUAUGGCCUGGCAACUUUAAAAGAAGUACUCAGAUAGCUUAUUAUUUUCAUGUAUAGAAACCACAGUGUUGACAGUCAAGUAUUGUAACUAUCAUUAGUUCAUUGUGUGGAAAUUCAAGAGACAAAAUAACUUGUGGAAGUCUCAUGAGACUUGAGAGGAUAUGCAUUUGCCUAUGUCUUUUAACUUUUUGUAAUUGAGAGAAUGUAUAUGAUCUCCCUUUGAUUUAAAAUGAACCAACGUUAUCUUGUUUCU